CUGCUAACAUAUUUUUAUUGGACCAUCUACUCCGAACCGUGUAGGCCUAGCGGGUGUAUACGAAAUAUAUCUUUAUGGAUCUUUAGCAGGCUGUAAAGUUAACUUAAGUUUCAAAUGGGUUACUUUUGAUAUUCAAGGCCAAUCUGAAAUAUUCUUCAUUUUACUUGGGAAAGAUCCGGUGUUGAGAAUGUCCCAAAAUGCUCUGGAAGAAAGGUACGGGCCCCUGAUUCGGGUCCCACCGCUGCUGGUCAUGGACGCCUUGAUCUCCGGGCGGCUUACGUUGUUCAGAGACGCUAUAGAUGAACACUCUUUGCUUGUAACGUUGAUCCAUUUAGCGGUGUUGCUGAUUUGUGGGGUACUGUUCUUCUUGCCUUCAUCGACCCUGAAGCUUUGUUAUGCUUUGAUGGUUACCAUGACAGCACUGAAGACAUCGCAGUGGUGGAAUGGUAUAUUCCUCCAGAAACUCGGCAUGGAGAACAUCACCACCAAAGACUCCAACCAGACAGUCCUCUCAUCGUUUGGAGAUGGAGAUGAGGGGACGGUGAACACGUUAGAUGUCAUGUCCAGUGAUGAAUUCCUCCUCUAUCUCUGUAUCCAGCUAAUGUACAGCUUUAUCUUCACCAAGACGCCAGCUCUGCUGAAUCGUUCAAGGAUUAUGGAAUCAGAAGCUCCAGUGCUCUCAGUUUGGUUAUGUCUCGUCUCGCCGGUGUUUCUCUGCCUGUUUCUGAACACCUUUCCAGUCCUUCCACCGGAUUCUGCAACCUAUCUCAUCAAAACGUUCUACAGACUCUACCCUAUCUUACCUAUCCUCUUACUAGAUGUGGUGUGGAGUAUGCUGUACUUUGUGCAUUAUUACUUGACUAAUGUGCGUGUCAUUGCAAGGACUUACGCAAGGAUUUAUAUCCAGUUUGGAAUUCAGGUAUUAGUUGAAAACCAGUGGGUUAGGUUACGAGUACCGACAGUACUACGACUAUUUUGGUUAACAAGAUUCGGGCUUCAUGUAGGCAGAUUGGUCCUACAGUAUCAUUAUGCUCCCACAAGUUCCCCUCCUAAGGAAAUGUAUGUAGAUAGAACAAUGUUAUCCACGGCCCUCUCUGAAGUCGCUACUGAAAGCUGUAGUACUAUGAUAGCAGUCUUAGGGCUUAGUGCAACUUUAUCACCUGUAGCAAAUGCAAUUGGGAAUUUAGCACGAUUGUUUCUAGGAGGGGAGCGUGAUGGGGGAGAGAACAUUGGCACGCUGGCUUCCGUUUUAUUCUUCAUCCUGGCCCUGCAAACUGGCUUGCCUGAUCUUUCGCCAGAGAACAGACUUGUACGGCUUGGGAGGAAUAUGGGCUUGUUAAGUACUGCUAUCCUUCACUUCAUCCACACCAUGCUUAAUGGUACGAUGAUGCAGCUUUCUACCUCACAUGUCAUCAACAGAGGUAAACACGCAAGAGCUCUGACCAUAGCUACCUUGCUUAUCGUACUUCCUAUCUGGUUCAUUGUCUACCUGUGGACGACCAAUCACAUCGGAACAUGGAUGCUCGCGCUAACUGCCUUCUGCUUGGAGCUCGUCGUGAAGGUCACUGUCACGCUCGUCGUCUACAUCCUCUUCUUCAUUGACACCCAAGGUGACACUUUCUGGGAACAACUGGAUGAUUAUGUUUACUAUGUGAAAGCAACCGGCAGCACUAUCGAGUUCAUCUCCGGUAUUUUCCUCUUUGUGAAUGGAGCGUGGAUAUUUGUGUUUGAAUCACGCGGAAUCAUCAGAGCCUUCAUGAUCUGUAUUCAUGCCUAUUUUAAUAUCUUCCAGCUUGGAAAAGACGGAUGGAAGAAGUUCAAGAACCGACGUCUAGCCGUGCAGAAGAUUACAUUGAUGGAGCAAGCCACUGCAGAGAUGCUUGCUAGUCAUAACGACGUUUGCGCGAUAUGCUAUCAAGAGCUUAACAAUGCCUGUGUUACUCCUUGUCAUCAUCUCUUCCAUGCCAUGUGUCUUAGAAAAUGGCUCUAUGUUCAGGACUCCUGCCCUCUAUGUCAUAAAGAGAUCAUGGUACCAGAAGACCCUGAUGAUGAUGAUGAUGAUGAUAAUACGAGGCAUGAUGAAGUUGAUGAGAAUGCAGCUCAGGAUGAUUAGCGUUGUUUCUGGCAUAACAUGUUUUUAUUCAAAAGAAUGUUGAGUACUGCACACGCAAAUGUACUGUGACAGAAACAACUCAGAAAGUAUUUUUAAUAAUGAAACAAGAACAAUUGUAUUUUGUGAGAUUUUUUAUAAUGCUCAAAAUGGAUGAAACCAAGAUUUUGAAUCAUUUCUAGUAGUGGGAAAUAAGGGUGUCUCCAGAGUACUCUUUCUAAUAUGACAUUGCUAAUGAGUUCUAUAUUCUUCCACUUAAAAGAAUAAGAAAUAUGUACAAAUUAUUUUCACUUUUACUACCAGACCUCGACCUUCUCUGUAGAGAAUAAAUACCCAACUGACAUAUCUUGAAGUGCACAUUUGUUAAAUUGUUUUGUAUUUUUUUAACUUUGAUUUUUGAAUGCCCACACUUAACAUUGUAUUGUGGAGUAUUCCUGACUGUUUCAAAUCCUAUCUUAUACACUGUAUAAAGGUGGUUUUAUGUGAUUGUUUUAUUAAGUUUAAUGUGCAAUCAAAAGCAACAUCACAUCACAGAAUUGUUUCAUG